UGCUUGCGGAACACCAUUAUCGUUGGGCUGAGCGGCAACCUCAAGGAAAGGCCAAAGCCAACCAUCGUCAGUGACCCUAGACCUCCUGAAGAAAUCUUAGCGGAUGAACUACCACCGGUGGACAGUCCUGAGGCAUUGGUGAAAACAUCUUUCAGAGCGCAGCUGAGCCAGCCCGCUCCUCAACACUCUGCCAUCUGCACCGCUGUGGCUGGGACCGGGCAGUGCUGCACAUGCCAAAGGCCACCAAGUCACACCCGUGUCCCUGCUGCUUUGCCGGGAGCUUCUGCAAUGCGAGCGAUGUUCUGGGGGCUGAUCUCUUGGACUGCAGCUACUCCAUGCCUGACCGGCAGCUGGUCAGGAGGGUGGUGUCCCAGGUGGAAUUCUACCUCUCUGACGAGAACCUGGCCAAGGAUGCUUUCCUCCUGAAACAUGUCCAGAAGAACAAGAUGGGCUUCGUCAGCAUCAAACUGCUGACGUCCUUGAAGAAGGUGGAAUACCUGACGCAUGACUGGUGGCUGACGCUCUACGCCCUGCAGUUCUCAGAGCUGCUGGAGGUGAACGAGGAGGGCACCAAAGUGAGGCGCUUUUCGGUAUCAUGGGUCCCCAUCCCCGAGUCCCUGCUGAGCAUCCCCCCCAGCAAACUGCUGCUGGCCUGGGAGCUGCUGCCUCUGGAGCAGGACAUGCUGCUGCUGCUCCAGAAGAAUUUCCUCAAGACCAUCACGAGGAUGUUCAGCCCCUUCGGCACCAUCGCCUCCAUCCGCAUCCUGCGGCCAGGCCGCAAGCUGCCCUCAGAUGUGCGGAAAUACACGUCAGACUUCCCUGAGCUGCUGAGCAAGCACUGCGCACUGGUGCAGUACAAGAGCCUGGGGAGCGCUUCAGCCUUGAGGAGCCUCGAGGACCUCGGCCGCCAGAGCUGUCCGCGUGGUGAGAGCAUCAGGGUGGUCCGGCUCUGCGGGAAGGGCUCCAAGAAGACACCCGGGUCCGAGAAGGAGGUGGCGGACAAGCUGGUGGACCAGCCGGGUUGGAAAGCGCAGGCGGUGGCCGCGACCUUCCCCAACGGCCUCGGGGACUCCCUGCUCUGCAGCUCCCCGGAGCUGAACGGUGCCCAGGCGUUGCCACCCCUCCUCCUGCACAAGGACCCCUCGGCACCCUCCUGGCCCGGCAGCAACUUCAAGCCCAGCAAUUUUGGCAACGCCUUCACUGGAUUGCUCCUCGCCAGCAAAGUCUUCCCUCCGCUGGGGACAGGCUUGGGCACAGGCAGCUGCUACGGCCUCUGCUCCAGCACUGAGAGCACUCGUGGCUGCGGCUGGGGGAGUGGGGUGGGUGCCUGGGCACCCUGGCCCAGCAGCCCCUCUCCAGAUGCCAAACCUCUUGCCGGCAAUCCUCCGGCAGCGACGUGGGUGCCUGAGCCCCUCGGCCUGUGGGAUGCGGUGCUUUGCCUGCCCCACUGUUGUCCCAAAAGUGGGGUCGUUUACCCGGUGUGCAAAAUGCCAAUACAGACACAGAGCAGAGGUAUUUUAUUCCAAUUCAUGUUUACGCAAAGAUGGGGGCUAGGUGGUAAUCUGCAACGCUAGCACCCCUCAUGCCUAAACGGGCAAGCAAUUUAUACAG